UUGGACUACACGCGGCAAACAGGCGAGCAGUCUGGAGGCACGCGCUCUGCUUUUCUGACACAUUAAAAAGGCGACAUAACUGAUUUAAAACAAUGAAAAUGUCUGCUGCCGAGACUACCAGUUCGAUGGUUUUGAAAGAGGGAGAGUUGGAGAAAAGAAGCGACAAUCUGCUUCAGUUUUGGAAAAGAAAGACGUGCGUCUUAACGCCAGACAGUCUGAGCAUAUACCCUGACGCUCAGAAGAAAUCCAAAGGCAAAGAGUUGAAACUUCAGGCGAUUAAGAAAGUUGACUGUGUGGAGAGGACAGGGAAGUUCGUCUACUUUACCAUCGUCACCACUGACAACAAAGAGAUAGACUUCAGAUGCAUGGACGAGGAUGGAUGUUGGAAUGCUGUGAUCACUAUGGCUCUUAUCGACUUCCAAAACCGAAAAGCCAUUCAGGACUUCAAGUCACGACAAGAAUCAGAUAAUGCAUCUCCAGGGCAUCAAGACAGACACAUGGCGAGAGCUCCAUAAGCAACCACUAAACGACAGUUCACAGUUUUUCAGUGUACAGACCAUGAAGACAGUCGUUGGACCAAAGGAAGGACUUUCUGAGGGAAGAUGAAGGACUAUUGAAGGACUGAGGGACAGAAGCUGUUGUUUGAGACUCGAAAGAGAACUUACUACAGUCCGCUGGCAUGAAACAUAGCCUGAAGACUAUUGUAUGGACUGAGGAAAGAAGGGGCUGAGUUCCAUACACGUUUACAAAUGCAAGACAUAUUUAAUGAAAGAAUGCUUUCGUGCACAUAUGUAUGUAUUUAUUCAUUCAUGAAAACACAUGAACAUGUCAAACAUUACAUUUUAAUGUUUUAAUUUAUUUCGUAUUUCAAAAUAUUUAUUUAAAUAAAUGACUU